CAGACGCAAGACGAUACGAAGAAGAAGGGAUCAAGCUGGAGGUCAGGGAUGGUGCUAACUGGCUGGGAGUGACAGCUCUUUUUCUUUUCGCUCCCUCGAUAUGAAGUCCUCCCUGUAUUCGCUGCUCUGGACACUGGUAGUCUCAGCUCUGCUCGCCGCCGCCAAUACCAUAGACUACCAUGAGCAGUUGGUGCUUCACCCACUGCCGCCAUCAAACCUGCUUGCUUCCUUCAACUUCCGCAGUAAUGAAUCCAGUGCUGCGUUCAAACAGCAGAAUUACCGCUAUUUCCCCCGCUCUCUAGGUCAGAUCCUACAACAUACACAUACGAAGGAAUUGCAUCUGCGAUUUACCACCGGACGAUGGGAUGCGGAGAACUGGGGAGAACGGCCCUGGCACGGCUUCAAGGAGGGAGGCACUGGAGUAGAGCUCUGGGCGUGGAUUGAGGCGCAGGACGCUGAUGCGUAUGAGAAUGUUGAAACACUCGAUAUUUGAAAUAGAGGGCUAAUACAGAAUACAUAUUCUAGAGCAUUCAAAAAGUGGAUUUCGCUCACGCAGUCAUUAUCUGGACUAUUCUGUGCAUCUAUGAAUUUCAUCGACUCGACACGGACCACGACCCCUUCUCUUACUUUUACCCCCACUGGAACUAUACCGCGUGACGGACUACAUCUUCUCCAUGGCACGCUGCCGGGUGAGGUUGUGUGCACCGAGAACCUGACGCCCUUUUUGAAGCUUCUGCCAUGUAAAGGUAAAAGCGGCAUAUCCGGACUCUUCGACGGCCACAAGCUCUUUGAUGCGUCAUGGCAGACUAUGUCUGUCGAUGUUAGGCCGGCUUGUGCGGAUGACAAUCCUGAAGUAUGCAAUGUCGAGAUUGAGCAAACUGUCGAUAUGGUACUGGAUCUGGAUAGAUCAAAGCGAGCAAGAGACAACCCUAUUCCUCGUCCUGUUCCUGCUGCGGAGUUGAUUUGUGAUGAAUCCAAACCCUAUCAUUCCGGAGACUUUUGUUACCCUAUCGGGGCAUCCCGGUCGCAGACAUGGAGCAUUGAAGAUGUCUUCGGGCGAACGAUACCCUCCAGCUGCCCCCUCGGUCGGGAUGAUGCGCAAACUGUCUGUAUCAAGGUCCCCGAUAGCAUGGAGGUAUUGCCGAGUUCUGACGCAGUAGAAACGCGUGCGCCUGACGGCAAAUCGCGCUGUUAUUCUCUGCAUCCCAACCAGCCCUUUAAUCUGGUCGUCCCCGCGCAGCACUCCAGUAGCAAUUCCUUGGAAGCCCAAGUUGUGCAUUUGGAAAGGACCAUAAUCGGUCACGGCCAAGAACGAGGCGGCCUCAGAUCUAUAUUGACCAACCCUUCGCAAACCGAUACAGCUAACUUCGUUUACUUUGAAACUCUUCCCUGGUUCAUGCGCCCGUUUUUGCACACGAUGAAAACAAAGAUUAGUUAUGGCUCAGAACCAGCGGUCGAAGUACCGCUCUCUGAUAUUAUCAAGGACAUCUUUUACCGGCCUGCUAUUGACCGUCGUCGUGGCACGCAGUUGGAGCUCGUCUUGUCUGUCCCUCCAGCCUCGACAGUCACCCUGGUAUAUGAGUUCGAGAAGGCCAUCCUUCGGUAUACGGAAUACCCACCAGAUGCCAACCGAGGCUUCAAUGUUGCUCCCGCCAUCGUUCGCGUUCUAAAUAGAAACGAGUCGAUAAUGGUGCCUCCCGUCUAUCUACGCACCACCAAUCUUCUUCUACCGCUUCCGACGCCUGACUUCAGCAUGCCGUACAAUGUCAUCAUCCUGACAAGUACAGUUAUCGCCCUCGCCUUUGGGAAUAUAUUCAAUGUGAUCAUCCGCCGGUUUGUUACCCUCGAGGAGGUACCUCGCCGAAACAUCAAAGCGCUUCUACUGGGAAGAGUGGCAGCUCUUAAAAGCAAGCUGGGAAUAAAAAAAACAGAGAAAGUAGCGUAAUGCAGUAUUUUUCUAGUUCCUACUGGCUGGUCUUGAUAUCCAUGUAAAUAUCGUCAUAGCUGGGUUCAAAGGAGAAUAUAUAACUACCUAGUCGGCCAUUGAAUACGUAGAGUAUGAAGUAGCUCAGUUGGCCCUGGAGAAAAUAUCAACCUCCAUCCUUGCAAUCAACUCAGACCAG